AGUAAUCACGUUACAACCCGGAAGAAUUGCCCUUCUCUGAAUAACGUUUGAAUAGCAAAGAAUGACCACUGUAUCUGAGGAAGAACCGAUUAACGACAGGGCUGCAGAGGUCUUCCAGCUGCUGGUGGUCAUAUUUGUGUCCUAAUCUGUGGACUGAAGGUGGAGGCGGCAACGCCCUGAUGCCCUCGGAGAACAAUCCCCCCCUCUCUGUUUACAACCAGUCGGCUGGGAGAAACUGGUUCCCCGCAGUGGGUCGUUAGCUAAACGGUUCUGCCGUGAGUGUCGUUUAGAAGGGGGGGUUAAAAUGGCUGAACUGCAUGUCGUGGAGCCGAGUGGAACAGCGACCAUAGAGCAGCCCGAACAUCGCGACGUUCGGGGUUCGAUGCGUCUGGCGUCGCCCACUCUCUUGCUUCCUCCGCGGAGCAGCAGCCAGCUUAGCCCCGGCGGAGGAGGAGGCAGCAGCGGCAGGUCGGUGUUCGGUUUUCCGCUGAAGAGCAACCCAAGCUCGCCGUCCGAACCGUUAGACAAGCCGGGCUCACGGUGGGUUCGGCUUAAUGUUGGCGGGACCUACUUCAUCACCACCAAACAGACAUUAUGUAGGGAUCCAAAGUCUUUCUUGUUCCGACUGUGUCAAGAAGAUCCUGACCUGGAUUCUGAUAAAGACGAGACCGGAGCCUACCUUAUCGACAGGGACCCCACAUACUUCGGCCCCAUCCUGAAUUACCUUCGACACGGAAAGCUGAUCAUGGAUAAGAACCUGGCUGAGGAAGGCGUUCUCGAAGAAGCCGAGUUCUACAACAUCGCCUCUCUGGUGAGGCUGGUGAAAGAGCGAAUACGGGACAACGAGAACCGAACAUCUCAGGGCCCUGUGAAGCACGUGUAUCGAGUACUGCAGUGCCAAGAGGAGGAACUCACACAGAUGGUCUCCACCAUGUCGGACGGUUGGAAAUUUGAGCAGCUCAUCAGCAUUGGCUCCUCCUACAACUAUGGGAACGAGGACCAGGCAGAGUUUCUGUGCGUCGUUUCCCGGGAACUCAACAACUCAACGAAUGGCAUCGUUAUAGAGCCCACAGAGAAAGCCAAGAUCCUUCAAGAGCGAGGCUCCCGGAUGUGAGGAGCCGGCGAGUCGGAGCGGAACCACAGCAUCAUCACAAACACGAGCACAUACUCCAGUUAUCAUCGAUCAGCCAGCUGCCCCCUCCUCCAGCGUGCCUUUCCACCGCGGAGGCUCCCUGACGCCUCCUCGUCUUUAGCGUUGCAAGGCGAUCCCGGCUUCUCGCCUCGUAUCUUCUCCGUUUUAAAGACACGACAAGUGAGGCGAUUCUCCUCUUUGGCUGCGACAUUGAAGUUUUGUUGAUCUUACUGGAUGGAUGCACAGAAUAAAUCCUCUUUUCCUUUAGCGGCUUUUAUCAGAUCUGGGAUGUUCGCUGGGAUGUGUCACAAAUUUGGAUCAAUUCAGCAGAAACUCCUCAGGACCCGAGCAUAAAGGAAUUAAAAGGACUCCAUUUUUUUUAAAACCCUGGCUGCAAACGGAGCCUUGAUGCCGCAGAUUUGCUCGUUACUUCUAGAGACGGAGCCUAAUAGGCGCAGCAUCUUCUCCGCUCAUUAAAGGCUCACAGAGAAAAAGGAAGAGACCCUUUUUUUAUUAUUAUUUAUUUUUUCCGUUUCCUGUAUGCGGCUCAUUUUGAUCUGUGAAAAUUUGGAAUAUUUCCACGCAAAAGAAAGCAGCUGACUCAAAACAGACCAUUACUCCACUAGUGCACAAAUGUGUCCAGGCAUGUAAGAAAUCUAUAUUAAAACCUAUAUAGUCGUCAAGAUGAAAAUAUAUGAAAUUUUGAAUGCAAAUGGUGUAAUUACUGAUUUCUGUAUCAUAGCUGUCCUAUAUUUACGUAUUCUUGUGGGUGAGUUUAUUUAAACAAGGGGGGGGGGGGGAAAUAUCAGUUUUGUUACCAGACUUAGCGCCCAUUAGAGUGUGAGUUUGUGUGUGCAGUGCCUCUCUGCUUUUUGCCCAUAUCUGAAAUAUCACACUUUUCACCUGCACGUUUUCUGUAGUGUACCUGAAAAGAAAAAGGAAACAAAAAAAAGUUGUUUUACAGCUCAUAUAUAUCCUACUUUGAUCUAUUGCAUAUCUUAAAAUUGUAAUUAGGGAUGAAGAAACCUUUCGCUUGUUGCCGUCUGAGCAUAAAAGCGUGGCAAGGUUCGAAUCGUGGCCAGUCUGUAAUCUGCCUCAACACAUUCGCCGCGUCUUGUGUGUACUACUCAGCUUUGCAGCCAAACGUCGUCUCGAAGUCUGCAGCAUGUGUAGCAACCGCGGCGCGAGCAAACUGUCCUGCUCGCACUUUAACCCUGAGCCUGCAUCAAUGCAGGAACCUUGCAGUUUGUAAGAGAACCUCUCAAAGUAGAAGUGUUCUGACUUUUAUCCUCUUCAAAUCAAACGCUACUUUUUUACCAGCUGUUUAGCUUCUUUUUUUGUUGCCAGCAACUUGGAUGCAGGAGGUUUUUUCUUGAAAUAUACAGUUUCAUCUUAUUAAAUUAGAAAAUAGUUGAAAAGUUUAUAUAUCGAUUUAUUCUACUAAGAGGGAUAUAUUUCAAGUGUUGAUCUCUGCUCGUUCAUUUUGAUAAAAGUGACUUUUAGCCAAAGGAGACCUAAAAAUUCAGCUUUUCAGAAAAUUCGAAUAUUACAUAAGACCACCAAAAAUAGUGCACAGUUGUUAUCAUGAUGAAGACCGGUAGCUUAAGUUGUCCAGAGGACGCUUGUCAACACUUUCCAUGUAGAAAUUAAGUCACAAAGCUCAUUGUUCGCAGAAACCUGUAGCCAAGAAUAUUGAUGGAAAGAUGAUUGAAAGAAAAAAAUAUCAGUAAGCAUUAAUUUAAAAAAAGUAACAGAAAAAAAAGCUUUAAAUAUAUUAUUGAUGUACAAGGAAUCUAGUUAAUGCGAGUGUCACUUUUUGGAUUCAAAUAUCAAUGUAUUAAUUUAGCUGAGAUAACUUAGAAAUAUAGUUUUAUGAUUCAUACCAACCAUUAGAACCCAAACUAUUCUUUUUAACUGAAAGAAAAUGCAGGAAACAAAGUUUUCUGAUUUUUUUUUUUCUCUUUUUGUUUUAAAAUUUUCUGCUUGAUGGAUGACCACGACAAGUAAUUUAAAACAUUGGCCCGGUCCGCCUCGCUAAAAGGUAUCGGAUUCUUUUGGUUCUAUAACCUUAAGAAAAAUAACCACAGUAUCACUAUAUGUGCAAACAAAAAAAGUAGAAGCAAACAUGUAUUAAUAGUUCUAGUUGCUUUUAUUUUUUUUUUUUAAAAGAAAAGUAAUAUUUAUGCUUACUGCUGCUAACAUGCUGACGUUGAUUAUCAUGGUGUACAAAAUGUAUAACGUUUGAUUAUUUCGACUUUGGAGCAAAGACUUGGGCCAAAUUAACAGUACGUUUCAAGUAAAUGUGCAGAAUAUCAAACCUUCCUGCUGUUCUGGUCAAGGGAAACGCCAACUGAAUAUCAUAAAACAGCAACAGGUGGGGUGGGGGCGUGCUAUGCUCCUUACAGCUGGAGAAAUCUCUGCUUACCUCGGCACUUUCUCUAGACUGUAAAAACGACAUGGUGGAAUAUUUAACACGUGUUUGAAAUCGUAACUUUUUAAAACCUCAGCAUAUCUUCAUAACGGGAAACCCUGCUCCCUAAAACAGCAUCACAUUUAUUUUGUAACACUUUUCAGCUUGAUACAUUUUAUUUUCAUAUAGUACACUAAAAGCAUAUUUAUAUUUUAAUUGUUUCUCCUGGAGGUUCCGCUAUUUACAUGGUAACAGAUAUAUUUUUUUAACACAGAUCAUCUAUACAACUGGCAUUCAUCGCCUUUAUGUUUCAUCCUUAAGAUAAACAUAUUUAAGGCAUUUAAAUCACGCAUGAACAAGAAUGAUGCAUCUUGAUGAGGGAAGAAAAAAAAGAAUCAGUGUUUUCAUGCUUAUUGUUAAGUUGGGACUCAGAGCCCAAACUUUGAGGCAACAUUUUCUUUCCUUCUCUUUCUUCUGUGUGUGUGUGUGUUGUGAAGCUAUAUUCUACUAACAGUAGUUAUGAGCAGACAGCCUGCAGUUGAAAAUACCCAAACAUUUCAUGAAGGAGUAUUUGGUUUCUUACUUUCGGCUGUUGCUUCCCUUCGUUUGUGUUCGGUGUUGUGCCUUUCACCAGUGUUGUGAUCAGUAGUACUCCCCUUUUAUGAGAAGGUGCCUGUCAUACCCUUAAAAAAGUCAGGAGGUUUCUACCUAACGUAUAGUGUGUGUAGUUUGUUUUUAUCUUUUAAAUGAAAAUCAUUUUGAAUAUAGGCAUUACGGCUCUCUGGCCGCAUAAAAAAAGCAUUAAAAAAAAAAACUCUGUCAGUUGUGCCCCAAACAAGUUUUCUGUGUGCAUCUGCAUGUCAAGCCAAUGACGAAUGAGGACAAUUGCAAGCUUUAUCAGAAAAUGUUGUGAGAUUUUCAUGCUUUUUUUGUCAUAAGAGAAAUUUUAGAUAGAGACAAGCAUAAAAACUGUCAUAAAGAAUGGUUAAACCUGGACUGAAUCAUUCUAGCCUUUCAGACAUUUGUGAUUUCAUAUUUACUUUAUGAAACCAAUUUGGGAAAACUGAUAAAAUCCCACAAAUGAUUAAGAUGAUCCCUUGGAUUGUUUUAAGCUGGCAUUAGCGACUGCUUCCUUUGGGACUGACUGAUUUUGAGCUACGUCACCCAACUUUCAGUUGCACUUUGCCCCUUUCUGGUAUAAACAUUUCUAAUGAUUAGUUGGAAUUAUUUUAUGUGCAAAGUUAUUUAAUGGGUGUACUUACAACACAUUUGUUUUACAAAGAAAGUUCUCUUCUUCUGCUUGUAUCUUAGUAAAACGUCAGCAGCGCACUUUUUAAAAGAAAUCAAUUUGACUGAGAACUUGAGAUCCUUUUGCAGCUUAUUUUUUAUUAAGUGACAUGCUAACAUCCCCAUUUAAUAAUUCAUAUGUUUGUGAUUGAUAUUAAAACUGUCCAAUAUUCCUUUUAAAGUCCAAGAUUGAUCCAAUCUCAAAAAAUCAAAGGCUCAAAGCGAUUUUACCUGGUUUGUGUUUGAAAGAAAAUGUUAGCUUGUAAAACAAAGGAUCAUUUUGAUUAAAAUGCAUUUAGCUCCAUGUUUAGGAAGUUUUUAAAAUGGAAGUGUCUCAAAGAGAUUUUUGUGAAAGAUUCUAAUUAUAGCCUCCCAGAGUUAGCAUGACGGAAACCUUCUUUAAAAUAGGAUUUUUUAAUAAGCUAUCUUGGUAGUCAAUGUUAAUUUAAGAUAAUCAAUUAAAUUACUAUUUAGAAAGCAUAUAUUACUGUUGACUGUCAAAAGGUUGUCUCAGAUAAUGCUAAUAAAACAUGGUAAUUCUUUGAUCCAGUUGGGGUCAGUUGUGUGACUUUUUUAUUUUACUUUUUUAGCUGUGACUUUUAAGAUCAAGCUUGUGCAUAGUGCAAAUAAAUGCGUUCCCAAAGUCAGUCUGUUUAAGCAAAUUUGGCAAACGCUUUUUUAAAAUAAGUAAAAAUUCAGGGAUCUUUGUGAAUUGAUGUUAGCAGCGCUAAUGCUUAUCGUCAUUUCUCACAGUUAGCCUGAACAAAAAACAUUUAAAAAACAUUUUUUUAGAAAUGUUGCUGGCAAUUUUAGUAUUGAGACAAAUUGAAUUUGAAAUGGCAAAAAUAUGCUGUCACUAUACUACCUGACAUUUAGCACAAAGCCAUUUUUAUAUGAAAGUGAUAUUGGCAUUUAGCUAAUACUAAUGCUAAUCCAGUAUUAGCUAAAUGCUAAUAGUAGACUCCAGCUAGCAAACCGUUUCAGUUAUAGAUAUUCUUUUGAGGUGGGAUGAUAAUUAGCUGUAGGUUUUAGUUGAAAGCAGUGAUGAUGCUGAUCACAGCCACGGUUUAUCUGGAAGGCUUUCAUUAAAAGCUUAGAGACAAUAUAAAAGUUUUAGAUUAAAGUCAGAUGCAACAAAGAUCCAUCCUGUGGUAUUAGGUUUUCUUUACUGCUUCAUUUUAUGGGAUCAAAUGUGUUGGGAAACGCUUACCUUACUAAACUUUGCCGUGUGAUUCUCCAACUAUCUGCCUUCAGAAACACGCUGUUAAUGAGCAAAAGAUUUGAUCGUCACUUAAACUAGUUUCUAUACGAAAUGUUGUACAGUACUGCCAAAAAAAAGUAUAUGGGCACAUAAAAAGAUGAGAGCAUGCGUUGUUCAAAGGAUAAUCUUAUGUACUGAACUUCGCCUGACCUCUGUGUUGGUUCAAAGUUGAUGUGAAGCAUCAACUUCAUGGGGGGCGAAGAUGAUGGCAUGGCUCUGUGGUUUGUAAGUUGUAUAUUUCUGUGUGGAGCAGUUGGUCAACAAAUAGAUGUAUUUGUGACUCAUGGACGACAUGGUUCUGUUAUUUGUUGUUUUUUUUUUGUUUCUUUGUUUGUUUUGUGCCGUGUAUGUAGUUUUGAACACAUAAAUUAGCUUGCCACUCAGAG